GGUAUUUUGCUGCAUGCAAUACCACAGGCUAAGUCCUUAUUUUAUUUAUUAGUGUCCUACUUGGUAGCCUACCAGCUUCGUAUACAGAGAACCCUCCCACAAUGAAAUGGUGCUUUGUCCAGUAAUUGAAGAACCAGACAACCCAGUGUCAGCAAAGAACCAGUACUUUUAAGAGUGGCUAAUUAGUAAUCGAAAGACUUGAAGAUAGAAAGUGUCCCUGAACGUGUGUGUGGGUUCUGUGCAAUUUUCCAGCAGCGCUAACUGUUCAGGAUGUCCAGGAUAGCCGCAUAUUAAAUGAAGAUCUUGUUUGGCGACGAGGUUCAGUUAUCAAAAGCUUUCAGCAGCUCGACUUUACUGCCCCCCGGUGGCGAUGACGGUAAUUUCAUAGUAAUGCCGCAGUGGAGAUCCUGCGACACUUUUUCUUUUUUACAACAUGUCAAGCACAGAGCAUCCCAGAUCUGAUCAAGUUGUGGACGGCGGGGCCGAGAUGGCCAUCAGUUUGUGUGAUAUGAACGGAGGGGACGAGGUGAGUGUGGAGCAGAUGAACGAAGAGAAAUGUCCUCCUAGUCCUCCUCUUUCCACUUCUCCUGGUGCUCAGACGCUGCAGCACAGCCAACGUGAUGGUCACAAUACUCUGGAGUCCCAAGAGGCUGCUGACAUCUUUAUCAAGUUAUUCCGUGUUCAAGAGAGAAAACUGUGCUCCUACCUCAAAGACUUAGAAAAGAUAGCAGAUGACAUGCUGCUUGAUGACAAAAGCAGCACAAUUGUUAGAGUUGCUGAAAAAUCUAGCACUUGCUUAAAACGAGUUCUUACAAUGGGUGGGUCAGCCAUGGCUGCUGCUACAGGUGGUGUCUGUUCAGUACUCUGUAAAACUGGGACGGUGAUGGACAUCGCUGUGAAACUUAGUGGCCCUGUCUCAGAGACCACCUUUCAGGCUUUGGGAGAGAAGAAAGUGAAAGAGAUAUUAUUGAAAUAUGAGCAAGAUAUUAGUGAGAUUCGAGCAGCUUUCGAAAAGAUGAAGAAUACACAACUCACGGAAACGUCUGAAGAGAAAGAACGCAUUGAAUCAGACCUAACAGCAGUAGUCGACACUGAGAAGCACAAGCAAAUAGCAAAGCACUAUGCCAUUAAGGCUCUGAGAAGUCCAACUCUUGUGAAAACUGCCAAAAAGUGCAUUAAAGGGGAUUUUAAACUUGCUAAAGAGAAGGGAAAGAAAAACAAAAUGGGCACAAACGUAUCAGACAAAGUUGUCAGAACCGUGUCUGGGAUGUGCUCCAUGUACACCAAGGAUAAAACCGACAUUGCACAGAAUAUCCGAGAUAAAGUGAAAGAGCUGAGGGCUGAGCUCGACUCUUAUAAGGAUCUUCAUGACAACUUAGUCAAGCAGGUAAAGGAGUCUGAGAGUACCCAGCAUGCACCUGAGAGGCCAGCAUUGCCUUCGACAAAAGUCACAUCGCAGACCUUGGAUUCUGUCCUCUAAUUAGCAAAAGAAAAAGUUGAAUCCCAGCUGAAAUGAAAUGCUGCACAAUAAACAAUAAACGUCUUUCACGUGUUUGCACAUUGCUCUUGUUUCUGGUUCAGUAAAGCUUCCAUCUUCUACAUAAUAGCACGAAGGUCUGUGUGUCCAAUCCCUCUGAGCAAUCUGAUUGGUUAGUUUGGAGAGAGUCGCCUUCAAUGAUGGCAAAUAUAAAACCAGACAGGAGGUGAGAAAGGUGCCUCAAAACUAACAACAGAGUCUGAGAAGGAGGCUUUAUGGAAACGUGGUCAAGAGUGCCGGUUAAGAGACGUUCACACCGAGAAAAGGAGCAAAUACUUUUAAUUACUUUAUUACUGGUAUUGUGGGUAGUUAUUAAUAAUUCCUUAUUGUGAAAAUGUUUACAAUUAUUUGUGGUAUUUUUUCAGCUUUUCCUUACUGCAGAUAGCAUACAAUAGUCAAAUAAUUGUCACUCAUUACACAGUCUUAAAGGGUUUGAAAUUCUCCAUCUUCCAUUCUGAUAUCCACCAUCCUAAUUCACUUCAGUUGGACCCUUGAAAGUAUUGUCUGCCUGUUGUGGGGCACACACCGUCAUAACCAUUAAUGUCAAACGUGUUUAGAUUUGUCUACCAGUUUGAUUUGGACUACGGGAGCACACUGGAGACCCAGGAAGAAACCCAGAAGAACAUGGAGAAAACUUGCAUAGUCCACAAAAGCAGUUCAGGAAUUAAGUUAGAAUUUGCUUGACCAUAAAAACUAAAAUCAUUCAUUGGAUUAACUGUGGCAGGAAGAACAACAAACUCUGCAGUGGAAUUUUUAGUUUGUCUGUGCCACCAGGAACAUUAUGGCUGCUGUGACUGGAUAGAUUUUGUCAUUAAGAUCUGUCCAAUGCUGUGUCCAAUUAACUUUAACUAUACUGAUUAGUUUACAAUGCUUCCAGCUACAUGGUCAGAUUAGGCAGAAGUCCAUCCAUACAUCUAUUAUCCAACCCUCUAUAUCCUAACCACAGGGUCACGGGGGGUCUGCUGGAGCCAAACCCAGCC